GGACACUUUUAUUGCUUGUUUAAUAUGUAAACAUAUAAUACUUAUUGCAUUUCCAAUAUAACGAUGAAAUCAUUGUAUUAAAUGAUAUCGUAAUGGAUUACAUCCAACAAUUUGAUAUCCGAUUGGAGCGGGAGAUGUAUUAUGCGGGCGAAACACUUACGGGUCACGUCAUACUCGACACAAACGAAAAUUUUAAACUUAAAGCAAUUAGAGUAUUAUUAAGAGGUAAAGCACACUCCGAGUGGAAAGUUGUGGUCAGCGGUGAGCGGAGGACUGUUAAGGACGACCAGGUUUUCGUUGAUGAGCGCACAACCAUUUGGGACAAAGGAGAGGGUCUAUCAAUCCUUCCUCGAGGUCAUCACUCAUUUCCCUUUAAAUUUCAUUUACCGGAAAGUUGUCUGCCGUGUAGUUUUGAAGCCAAACCCUGUACUGUUAGAUAUUAUGUUAAGGUAACCAUUGAUAUUCCUUACGCAUCACCGCCUCAGGGCAUGAAAUAUUUUACUAUAAUUGGACCACAUAUUGAUUGUAUGGAUGAACAAUACCUCAAACCGCUAAUAGGUUCCGACAGAAGAUCUAUUUGCUGUCUGUGCUGUCAAAGAGGUGUCGUUAGUCUGAAAACAUUAGUGGAAAGAACAGCCUAUUGUUGCGGUGAAAGUAUUCGUCUUAAAGCAGAUAUUGAUAAUCAAAGUGAGGAAAAUGUAAGACUUAAGCUAAAACUUGUUCAGUAUGUGGAGUUUUAUAUAGAACGUGGAGUAUUAGGUCUAAACAAAGAAGUUAAUCAUACGGUUCUUGAAUAUAGAGGCGAUUGUAUCCAACCCUUCCAGAAGUGGCGUUUUGAGAGCUCAAACAGUUUUGUAGUACCAGUAAUGCCACCGACACUGGUAGGCAUUUGCAGAUUACUACAGAUUUAUUACGUACUCAAGGUUUGGGUAGAAAUGGAAAAAUCUGGAGAUGAUCUGCACAUGAAUUUUCCGCUAACAAUAGCUACCUGUCCUUUCAGAAUACCAAACUCUAAUCAACAGCCAAUCAUUGAUUACGAUGUUUGUUGUGAUCACGUCGAGGGAGGUCUAUAUAUAGGACCUGAAUUUCAAUUAGGACAGGUAUAUGAUGGUUCAUUAGGUAUGGAUAAUGGGGAAACUGUAGUUCUUUACCGACCCGUCUAUGUAUGCGUCCGUAAGAAUGAUACCGAAAGUGUUAAUGAAUCCUACGAAUCAAAACACAUGCCGGUGCCCAGUGCCGGACCCAGUUGUAGUCUCACUAAUAGUUGCUGAACUAACACACAUACACACACAC